GCAUUCGGCGUUCAGUUCGUCAAAGCUGGGCGACUAUAGAAGCAGCCACAGCGGCCACUGUGGGCCAGCUGUGGCUGGAGGGAGACAUGCGACGUUACUUACGGGUAUUAGUGCUCUGUCUGGGUUGCGGUUUUUGUUCGUUGCUUUACAGCCUCAACCAAUUCGCUGUGAAUCUGGAGGAAGAAGAAUCCGGCGAUGGCGGGAAACUAAAGGCCGGAGCUGCUUCCUGGCUCACUGUUAGCGAACGGAUAGCUGGGAAAGGAGCACGAAGCGUAGGCCCUAAGGAGAGUCCCGGUGGGUCCGACAGGUAUAAUAAGGAUGUAUCUCUCUCUUAUUGGAAUCCCUAUUGGAUGCUGCCCUCUGAUGUUUGUGGAAUGAACUGCUUUUGGGAAGCCACUUUUAGGUAUAGACUGAUGAAAACACAGUCCUCUGACACAAUGCACCUUGCUGUGGUAGCCUGUGGGGAACGACUGGAAGAAACUAUCACUAUGAUAAAAUCAGCUAUUAUUUUCAGCAUCCAGCCUCUUCAGUUUCACAUUUUUGCUGAAGACCAAUUACAUCACCGCUUCAAAAACAUACUCGAUGGCUGGAAAUUUCUGCAGACAUUUAAUUACAUUAUAUAUCCAAUAACUUUUCCGACUGAGAAUGCAGCAGAAUGGAAAAAACUCUUUAAACCAUGUGCUUCACAAAGAUUGUUUUUGCCAUUAAUCCUGAAAGAAGUUGACUCACUACUAUAUGUUGACACAGAUAUCCUUUUUUUGCGCCCUGUUGAUGAUAUUUGGUCACUGCUAAAGAAAUUUAAUUCCACACAAAUUGCUGCCAUGGCACCAGAGCAUGAAGAACCUCGGAUUGGUUGGUAUAAUCGCUUUGCCAGACAUCCAUACUAUGGAAAAACUGGAGUAAAUUCUGGCGUUAUGUUAAUGAAUAUGACUCGAAUGAGAAGGAAAUAUUUCAAGAAUGACAUGACAACUGUUCGUUUACAAUGGGGAGAGAUACUUAUGCCAUUACUUAAAAAAUACAAACUUAAUAUCACAUGGGGAGAUCAAGAUUUGUUAAAUAUAAUGUUUUUUCAUAAUCCAGAAAGCCUUUUUGUUUUUCCAUGUCAAUGGAAUUAUCGGCCUGAUCAUUGUAUAUAUGGAAGUAAUUGCCGAGAAGCUGAAGAAGAAGGAAUCUUUAUUCUCCAUGGUAACAGAGGUGUUUACCAUGAUGAUAAGCAACCAGUUUUUAGAGCUGUUUAUGAAGCACUGCGAAAUUGCUCUUUUGAAGAUGAUAAGGUGCAUUCUUUGUUACAUCCAUUAGAACUGGAACUACAAAAGACUGUACAUACUUACUGUGGGAGAAUACACAAAAUAUUCAUGAAACAACUAACAAAAAGUAUAAGAGAUAAUUAUGUCCGAUCAUCAAAGGAAAGGUGAAUCUUGUUGCUGAAGACUUAUUGCCAAAAAAAAAAAAAAAAAGUGUGAAUGAUUUUCUUACAUAGUGUAUAAAUGUUUAGGAAGGUAUUAUUUAUCAUUUAUCCAGAUAAACUUUACCAGAGAGAGUAAAUUGGGGAAUGUUCUAUUCUUAUGAAGAAUAAGUUGGAGCCUUAUAUGUGUAACUUGUAAGACAUUCCUGUUACUGAAGUUUUGUUAAUCAUUGCUUUCUUUCAAUCCAGUAUUCUGGACUCUGAUAAGUAGUUUUAGGUUAUGUGAUUCUGUUGACUGUCAUUCUCCAAUGGAAGAAAAAAAUAAGGGUAUGUAAGUGAAGAGCUAUGUACCUCAUACACAAUUUUUAAAAUAUGAAACUGUGAAUGUUAGCUAUAUUUUUUAGUCAGCACUAACCUCACUUUAAUUUUGUGAGAAUAAAGUUUACAGAGACAAACAUUUUGUCUCUAAGGAAAUGUGAUAUUAACCAUCGACAAUCUACAUGUGCCUUUUGAGGUUUCAUCUUUGACAUGUUAAAAUAUUUUUUGUGACAAUCAUGUUUAAAAUCUACAUGUUUAAACUACAUCUAUAUCUUAAAGCAAGCUAUACAAAGUAAUAGAAAACUAGUAUAAAUUUUGAGACAUUAUUAAUAAUUAUUUUAUGUGAAAUAGCAUCUUUUUAUUUGUUUUAAAGCUUGUACAACUGUUUUGCUAAAAAUCAGAUUUUGAUUUAAAUAUGAUAAAAUAUAUUUGUGGUAAAAUUUUUAUUUGUAGCUUUGCUGAACAUCCUGGAAGUGAAAGGUACCUAUUCUGCUAUUAGAAUUUUGGUGAAAGUCUUAAUAGCAUAUUAGUAUGAUAUUAUAUUAUUAGUAAAUGUAAUGGACCAAAUUAUAGCUAUAAAUUUCUUAUAAUCAGUUAUUUCAGUCAUAUGAUUUAAAUGUAUUCCUGAAAUGGAAAGUUGAAAUACUUCUUUCUUCUACCUCAAAAUUUUUUGUUAGAUAUUUUUAGAAUAACAAAGUUGACAGAGCAUCAUCAUAAUUUUUAUAGAAAAAUCUGUCCAUGGAUAGAUAGUUUGUAAUUCAGGAAAAAUGUUUGCUUCAGCUAUGGGGGGAAAAAACCAUCGAAACUUGUUUCCAUAAAUUGCAUAUCCUUUUGAAGUGAGGAGAACUGAAUUUUUUCCUUGAUUUUGAAGACUAGAUAGUUUCUUUCAUUCUUGGUUUCUUGUCUUGUUACUCAUAAUUCUCAUAGCCAGCAAUGGCUCUUAGAACAAUGUUAGUUCCUGUGAAUUGAACAAGUUCCAUAUUUAGCCAUUUCCCUCUUUUUUUUUUUUUUUUUGCUUUGGUAUUUCAAUUUCUAAAGAAGGAGAAAUGGAAUCAUGUGGUUAAUGUUUUAUUUAAAUGGGGAGAAAUUUGUUUGCUUUAUGAAAACAAAGUGCUCUUGUUGAAACAGAAAGGAGAUGGUCUGAAGGGUUGAUUUUCCUGCAAUGGUUGGCAUUGUGGUGAGUUAAAAGAAGAGAAGAGCACUAAACUAAUGAGGUAGUGGAAAGCAAGUCAGGGCUCUCUAACUUGUCUAAUAUUUACCAGUCAUGUUUCAAGAUGGGUUUUGAGAGUAGAAGAAUUAGUGUGUGGGAAUAUUGAUGUGGAUGUCAAGGAACUAGUAACCCCUUUGAGGGUGGGAUUGUUUUCAGUUUGUCAUUUUUAUCUCUACCACCUAAAAUAACAUCUGACAUAACUUCAUAGCAUAUUUUACUUAUGAGAGUAAACUUGGAAAGACACUUUAGAGAUCAUUUAGUCCUACUUCCUUAUGAUAAAUAACCACCCAAGAGAGAUUAAAUUACUUGCUCCAAAACAUACAAAUAGUGUAUAGUAUGUUUUUUUUUCCCUUUGAAUCUCUCACCAUUUACUAAAUUAACAGGAAGCCAACAUAGUGCUAUCUUAUUUUUAAAGAGGUGCAAGGAUUCUGAGCUAUACAAUACACGUAUGCAUUGUUCAAUGCAUGUACAAUGUAUUUAUGUAACUAUAUAUGAUAAACGUGUAAUAUUGUGAGACUGGGAAGAAUGUAGAGUCAAAAGGUAAAUCAUCUCUAAGAAAAUCUCAGCACAAUCUGAAGAAAGAACAAAUAAGAAAACUGACAACCACCUUUGGUUUCUAUAUUGAUUCAGCCUUACAUAAUAAGCCCCUUUAAUCUUGGUGGGGAAAAGGGAGGUUUUCCUUCAAAAUUUGAGGGAAAAAAAGUAUAGGAUGCAGAAAAUUACAUGUUUAUGUGAUAAUUAUUUAUAAGCUGAUCAUGCACGUCUUCUAGUUUUUCCUGAGAAGCCUAUAUCAGUCUUGAUAAUUGAAUUUAGUAUAUAUGAAUUCUAAAAUUUUGUACAUGACAUAAAUAUUAGACACCAGGUUUCCUUUUUAUUACAUGUAUGGCCUUAGGAAAUUUCCUCUAAUUCAAUGAAUUUCCAUUUCCUUAUCUGUAAAUUGACAAACUUAAAUUAGAUACUGCCUAAGUAUAAAUCCUAUUAUUGUCUAAUAUAUAGAUAUAAAUAUAUUUUAUAUUGAAUAUAAAUAUAGUCUUUAACUAUAAAGCCUAUAUAUACUAUAUAGUAUAGUAUACUAUAUCUUGUUUGGACUGAAAACUCUUAGUAUGUAUUGGUUUUUUUACUUCAUUAAAUUGAAUUAUACUCUAUUAGGAUGAUUGUCGCUGAAGAUUCCAUUCUGUUUAUUUAGAUUUGUCCUAGUUACCAUUUAUGUCAGUAGAGUAAGUGGAGUUUUUAAUUGUAUUGGAAAAAAUUAGCUCAUAUUUCAGUAAUGUAAGCAUUCCUUUGUCAGUUGAGAGAGUAUACACCCAGUACUUUAGCUAAAUCAAACAAACAUUAAGUGCCUUCUGUGCGUUGUAAAGCAUUAUUUUACAAAAAAGAAAAAAGAUAAUCUUUGUUCACAGGAGCUUGCGAUCAGGUUAUAGAGUAUAUGAAAUGUACACAUAUAGAUAUGUAGAUAUGUUCUUUGAAUAAGGAUAUUUAGCAGCCAUGGCAACCCAUAUAUGGCCUGAUAUGCCAAAGUACAUUAAAAACACUUGGACAAAGUUCUGUUGUUUCAUUUUUAAAACUGGCAAAAUAUCAAGCAAAAAAAUAGAAAAUUCAUACUGUGAUAAAAAAUUAUAUUUUAUGAAGUAAUUUUAAUUAAAUGUUAUUUUUUAAAUUAUCAAACACUUUUUUCUCCCCACCAUAGAAUAAUCCUUUUAACAGUAAACAUAGUCAAACAAAACUAAUAUUAUCCUGUGCUUCUCAUUUUGUGUAUUAGUCCAUUAGUAUUUGUCAGAAGGUUAAGUUCUUCAUUAUUGGUCUUCUAGAGUCACUUUUGACCUUUGUUCUCAAUAAUUAUUAAGAACAUCAAAGUUCUUAAGUCUUUCAAAGUUAUUUGUAUUUCAAUGCUGAAAUUUUAGUAUAAAUUGUUUUCCUGGUAUUUAAUAAUAUGUCAGUAAAAGUGUUCCCAUAUUUCUCUAAAACUCUUCCUUCCAUAAAAAUACUCCUUUGCAUUUAUUCACUCAAUAGUUCGUUCAGCUAUUUUCCAAUUGAUGGUUUCCAAAUUGCUUUCCAGAAAGCAAGACCAAUUCAAAGCUUCAUUAAAAGUGUAUCAUUGUGUGUGUUUUCCUAUGGGUUCUACAACAUUUGUCAUUUCUUUUUUUCAUCAUCUGAUGAAAAUGAAGUUGUGAACCUCAGGAUUUCAAUUUGCAUUUCUCUAUUAGCAAGAAGGUAUUUUUAAAAAUGCUUAUUUUUCAUAUGCAAGGAAGGAAUCAAGUACUCUAUUAAAGUUUUUUAAAAGUUCCUUUGUUAGAUUAAAAAAAGCAGAUAAAAGUAUCAUUCAAUGAAUUCAUUUCUAUUUUUAAUCUAGUCCCUUGAUGAUCCUUAUUUUUUUUGUCACAGAAGUCUUUUUCAAACAAAGUCAUAUUAUAUAAUAUUAUAAAAGAAACCAUAUUAUAAUAGAAAACUAUUCUUAGAAUUAGGAUACCUGUUAGGAUUCUUACAAGGUGCUAAGUAAGUAGAAUUGAGGAGACAGUGGUUAAAUCUAGUUUAGUAUUGAUUUAAUCCUACAACAAAUAAUGGUUUCUUAGUGACAUAAUGAUUGGUGUGUACUCAGUGUGGGAUAUAUAAGAAGGAGGUCUCGGGGCCAGGGAGGACAAGCCCACUAAAAGCUCUUGGAGCCUCAGCCAGAAUUCAGUCGAGCAGAUUCACAAGCCAGAAAAGGCAGCUCAAGCUCUCGGAACCAAGACUACAGAAGGCUCUAAGAAAAACUAGCUAAGCCCCAAGUGAAGGAGGUAAGAUUUUGAAGGAUACAAUAAAGGAUUUGGACUUUAACUCCUGUUUGCAUUUGGGAUGAUUAUACUGAACUAAAAAAACUAAGGCUGCCUCCAGAAGUCCCCCAAGAAACCUGUUCCCAGAGAACAUUAAAUUUUAGAAAAGAACAUUACAUUUUGGCGCCUAACUUGGGGCAGACAUGAUCCUGAUUUCAGUGGUUUCAGUCUCUGAUUCUGAUUUUAGUGGAAAAGUCUCCUCGACCCAGAAAUUAGUGUGACUACAACAAGGAAAUUUUGUUAAAGGGCUAAAGUUAGUAUUUCAGCUAAAAUGAGACAGAUCUUUAUUUUUUUUUUAAUUUUAAUUUUAUUUUAUUUAAUAAUAACUUUGUAUUGACAGAAUCCAUGCCAGGGUAAUUUUUUACAACAUUAUCCCUUGCACUCGCUUAUGUUUCAAUUUUUCCACUCCCUCCCUCCACUCCCCCCCCAACAUGGCAAGCAGUCCUAUAUAUGUUAAAUAUAUUGCAGUAUAUCCUAAAUACAAUACAUAUUUGCAGAACUGAACAGUUCUCCUGUUGCACAGGAAGAAUUGGAUUCAGAAGGUAAAAAUAACUCGGGAAGAAAAUCAAAAAUGCAAAUAGUUCACAUUCGUUUCUCAGUGUUCCUUCUUUGGGUGUAGCUGUUUCUGUCCAUCAUUUAUCCAUUGAAACUGAGUUAGGUCUCUUUGUCAUAGAAAUACACUUCCAUCAGAAUACAUCCUCAUACAAUAUCGUUGUCGAAGUAUAUAAUGAUCUCCUGGUUCUGCUCAUCUCACUUAGCAUCAGUCCAUGUAGGUCUCUCCAAGCCUCUCUGUAUUCAUCCUGCUGGUCAUUCCUUACAGAGCAGUAAUAUUCCAUAACAUUCAUAUACCACAAUUUACCCAGCCAUUCUCCAAUUGAUGGGCAUCCAUUCAAUUUCCAGUUUCUAGCCACUACAAACAGGGCUGCCACAAACAUUUUGGCACAUACAGGUCCUUUUCCCUUUUUUAGUAUCUCUUUGGGGUAUAAGCCCAAUAGAAACACUGCUGGAUCAAAGGGUAUGCACAUUUUGAUAACUUUUUGGGCAUAAUUCUAGAUUGCUCUCCAGAAUGGUUGGGUUCGUUCACAACUCCACCAACAAUGCAUCAGGGGACAGAUCUUUAGAAAACAGCCUUCUUUUCCAAUUCAAGGAAAAUGUGUAGAGUAUUGUCAGACUUAUGAAAAGCCAAGGUUUGAUCAUAAUCUGGGAGCAGAUCACUGAACUUUUAAAAACUGUACAGUAUACAUCUCCUUGGUUCUCUAAGGAAAAAGAAUUGAAUUCAGACAAGUGGAAAUUAAUAGGAGAACAACUAGGUGAAUGCUACAAUUCCAAUCCAAACUCAAUUUCCAAAAAUACAUUUGAUACAUAUAAUUUAAUAUAACUGGCUUUAAGAAAUUAUAUAAGUGUUAGAAUAAGGAAAAAGAAGAAAGAGCAGGAGAGAUAGGUGCCAAAUAAACUAGGUGAAAAGGAUGGAAAUAAUUUGGUUUAUGAAAUCCUAACCCCUAGUAGUGGUCCUCAAAGUGUAGUCCAAAGAAUUGUUGGGGUCUCUGAAACCCUUUCAGAGGGUCUACAAAUUCAAAAUUAUUUUUUAUUUCUAAUAUAGUAAAUAUCUAUAAAUAUAACCUAUGUGAACAAAAACUCUUUGAACAGAUCCUCGAUAGUUUUUUAACAACAUGAAGAUACUGAGAACAAAAGUUUGAGAACCACUGCCCUAGUGAUUGAAAAUCCAUAGCAAGGACAUGUUUAGAACCUGGACAAAACUUGUUGUGGCUUUCAGAGUAUCAUGAAUUAUGGAAGAUUCAAGCCCAGCGAAAUAGGCAAACAGGAGUUAAUAUACAAGUCACCUUUGACCAACUAGUAGGUGAAGGUCAAUAUGCAGAGAAUUCAGCAGAGAUUAAUUAUCCCAUAACAAUGUAUGAGCAAAUUGCUACUGCUGCAAUAAAAGCUUGAGGUUCCCUUCCAGGGAAAGAUGAAGGUAAAGCCUUCACAAAAAUAGAGCAAGGUCCCAAUGAACCUUUUGCGGAUUUUGUGGGACAUUUGCAAACAGCUGUCACAAGAACUAUUGGAGAAAAUGCAGCUAUAGAAAUAUUACGAUCAGACAACUGGCUAAGGAAAAUGCUAAUGAGUUUUGCAAAAGAUGAGUGGAAUAGAUUAGACUCACAAGACAUAAUAGUCAAUGACUAUAAUAAUCCCCAACUUCUUGGAUAAGAACUCACUGCUCAACAAAAAUUGCUGGGAAAAUUGGAAAAUAGUAUUGCAGAAGCAAGACUUGGACCAUCACCCCAUACAAAGAUAUGGUUAAAAUGGGUUCAUGAUUUAGACAUAAAGGGUGAUACUAUAAGCAAAUUAGGAGAACAAAGGAUAGUUCACCUCUCAUCUGUGGAGAAAGAAGGAAUUUGUGACCAAAGAAUUGGAACUCAUAAUUGAACACCAAAUAAUUUUGAUUAUAUUAAGUUAAAAAGUUUUUGUACAAACAAAGCCAGUGCAAACAAGAUUAGCAGGGAAGCAGAAAACUGGAGAAAAAAUUUUAUACCCAAGGAUUCUGAUAAAGGCCUCAUUUCUAAAAUAUAUAGAGAAUUGAUUGAAAUUCAUAAGAAUCCGAGUCAUUCUUCAAUUGUAAAUAAUCAAAGGAUAUCAACAGACAUGUUGAUGAAGAAAUUAAAACCAUUUCUAGUCAUCUGAAAAAAAUGCUCUAAAUCACUAUCAGAGAAAUGCAAAUUAAGACAACUCUGAGAUAUCACUACAUUACAUACCACUCAUAUUGGCUAAGAUAACAGGAAAAGAUAAUGAUAAAAGUUGGAGGGGAUGUGGGAAAACUGGGACAUUGAUAUGUUGUUAGUGGAGUUGUUCUGGAGAGCAAAUUAGAACUAUGCCCAUAGGACUAUCAAGCUCUGCAUUUGAUCCAGCAGUGUUUCUACUGAGUCUAUCCCAAAGAGAUCAUAAAAAAAAGGAGAAAGGACCCACAUGUUGAAAAAAUUUUUGUGACAGCAUUUUUUGUAGUGGCAAGGAACUGCAAACUUGAAUGGAUGCCCAUUAGUUAGGGAAUAGCUGAAUGAGUUAUGGUUUAUGAAUGUUAUGGAAUAUUAUUGUAUUAUAAGAAACAAUCAGCAGGAUAAUUUCAGAAAGGCCUGGAGAGACAUGAACCAAUGCUAAGUGAAGUGAGUAGAACCAAGAGAACAUUUUAUACAGCAAUAAGAUUAUGUGAUGAUCAACUCUGAUGGACAUGGCUUUAUUUAAUUCAUGAUUCAGACUUGUUCCAAUAGACUUGUAAUGGAGAGAAUCAUAGAAAAAGGAUUAUGGGUACUGAAUGUGGAUCACUACAUAGUAUUUUCACCUUUUUUAUUUGCUUGCUUUUUGUUUUCUUUUUCUUUUUUUUUCCCUUUUGAUCUGAUUUUUUUGUGCAGAUGGAAUGUGGAAAUAUGUAUAGGAGAAUUGCACUGUUUAACAUAUAUUGGUUGCUUGCUGUCUAAAGAAGGGAGGAAGAGGGAGAAAAAAUUGGAACACAGAGUUUUGCAAGGGUUUGAAAAUUCUGCAUAGAUUUUGAAAAUAAAAAGCUAUUAUUUAAAAAAAA